ACAGCGCUUUUGACAAGGUCACCUUAUACAGCGCUUCUCCCAAAAGCGCUGUCUAAGGCCUUUUAAAUUUUUAAAAAAAGCGCUGUAUAAGGCCUACCUUAUACAGCGCUUUUAGAAGCGCUGCUAUUGACCCCUCCUGUGCCAGCGCUUUCCUUCAAAGCGCUGUCUAAGGCCAUUUUAAUUUGUGAGCUUAGCCAGCGCUUUUCAUAAAAGCGCUGUCUAAGGCCUUAUUUACCAAAUUUUUUUUUUAGUAAAUUAUAAUAUAUGAAUUCAUUCAGUACGUUAAGACCCAUUUUGUUUCCCUCGCUCCCACAACCUUCUUCUCACUGCGUUCAUACUCGUUGCGUUCAUCAUCACUGCUUCUCCCAAAACCUCCAUUCUUGAUUCCUGCGUUCAUCACUCACUUCGUUCAUCACCGUUUACAUUUUUGGUGUUCAUUUCCUUAGGACUCAAUUGAGGACUAUUGCUAACAAGCUUUGUUGACAUCCACAAUUAAAAGAUGGCUAGUAACGAGGAUCACCCACAUGGUGAUGAGACCGUUGGUGGUGCGGAAAGGGAAAUUAAACGUGGAAUAACGGUUAUGAAGAAAGUUAUUCGAGAUAGAGAUCGAGGCGUUUUAAUAAAAGUGCAUUGGAACGAAGGUGGACAACUAAUUGAGCCUAACGGUUCAACAUUGACAAGUUUUAUUGGUGCAUUGGUAAGGAAUGAAGUUCCAAUUACUUGUGAUAAUUGGAGAAAUAAACAAUUGAACGAAGCUAAAGACAAAAUAUGGAGUGAGAUAAAGAGGUGUUUCGACAUCGAAGAAAACAGAAGAGAUCAUUGUCUCAAAUUGGCCGGAAAGUUACUAAGAGGGUUUAGAACCUUUUUAUCAACCACCUUUCUUAGGGAUACGGAAGGUACUUUUGUUGAUGCAGAGCUUCCAUCUAAAUAUGCAAGUUUGAUUUCACCUAAAGAAUGGGAAACGUUUAAAUCCAAACGAAAAACCCAAGAAUUUAAGAGUGUAAGUGAAACAAACCGGCAAAGAGCAUCAAGUCCGGCGUAUCCCUAUAGAAAAGGGCGUGUUGGAUAUGGACGCUUAGAGCAGUCUAUAUUAACAAAGGAGAAUAGUUCUGAAACAUCUCUUCCGGCACAUGUUUUGUGGAAGGAAGCCCGUGUCGGUAAGGAUGGAAAGAUUAAAGAAGACGUUCAACAAAUAUUUGAGAAAUGUGAGACUCUAUCUCAAUCUAUAGUUCCAUAUGAAGACACUGAUUGCAGGAGCAUACUGAGUCGAGCAUUAGAUGUUCCCGAGUAUUCUGGUCGGGUGAGGGGCAAGGGAUUUGGGAUCACUCAAAAAUCCUUGAAUAUUAAAAAACAAAAGACUCCUAGCAAUAAAGAACUGCAGCAAACUUUGGAAGCAUUAAAAGCUGAAGUUCUUGAAUUAAGAAAGGAAAGAGAAAGAGAUCGAGCAGCGGGUUUUAAAGAUACUAGUGACAAAGAUAGUAUCAAUUGUAAUUUUCAACCGACUAUUCCAGAGGGCAUUUCACCUUGUCACCUCUACUUAGCGAGACCGACUUAUCGGAUGGUUGGCAAGGGGAAAGUUCAUAACAAUUUGGGUGAAUUACUUCACACUAAACCGCUCCCUACUGGAUCUUUGAAAGUCUCGGUUGAUAUUGCUUUGGAGAAGGAUGCGUUAUUACCACAUCCUGACGAUGUUUCGGAUGCAACUUUAUUGGGAGAUGCCAUAGGUUCAUUUGUUGCAUGGCCGACAGACCUCAUUAUCGUAGGAUAUGAGACUCCCACAAAAUCCAAAGCAAAAGAUAAGGGGAUUGCGCGGGAAAUCGAGUCAGUUGCAUCGCAAAAAGAGAUUCCUGUUGCUAAGAAGACUGAAAUUUCCAAGAGGACCGGGGCUAAAAAGAAAAAUCCUUCCAAGUAUAGAGCGUGCCUCCAUACAUAUUUAGAAACGACAGAUAUUUCGGAUGGAUGUGUUCGUUUAAUACCUAUGGAUGGAGCUAUUUUUGGUUUUGAGUAUGCCGAGCCAUUGGGUAAAGAGGAUUUUGAUCAAAUUUUGUAUCAUACGCAAUUAAGCGUUGGUGUUAUCAACACAUACAUGAGGUAUUUAUAUGACAAAUUGAUGGGUCCGCGUGGGUUGGAGCAAAGAUUCUCAUUCUUAAAUCCCAUGAAAACGAACUUAACCGAAAUGAUAAGAAAACCAGAUGAAGUCAGGACGUAUGUAGUCGAGCGCUUUAUGGCCGACACAGAUAGAGAAAAGUUGUUCUUUUUACCGUUUAAUACCGGCGACGGUGGACAUUGGUUGUUGGUCGCGAUAAAUCCUUUUAAAGAAAUUGUGUAUUAUUUGGAUUCUUUACACAAUGAUUGGACAACAUACCCUGCUAUGAAGACGAUAGUUGACACCAUUAUACAAACUGUUCGAGCACAAAGAAAAAUUCAAGUACCAAAGAGAAAAGCCAAUAACAUUACAUGGAAUAGAGUGGAGUGUCCUCGACAGCGUAAUAAUAUAGAUUGUGGAUAUUACACGUUGAGGUUUAUGAAAGAAACUCUUCUUAUGGAUCGAACAGAUAUUCCAUCUGAUUACUUUGAUGAAUAUAGAUGUGCUUAUUACUCAAAAGAUCAGUUGGAUGAAAUUAAAGAGGAAUUGUGUCAAUUCAUUAUCGAGCUACAGGUUUUGUGAGGUUAUAUAGCAUAUUUAGAAGAUAGAACUAGAAUGUGUUGAAAUACAUUUUGAUUAGCAUUUUUGGAGGUUAUUAGAAAUGUGUAGAUUUUUUGUAAAGGCAAACAUUUUCAAGUAUAUAUAUAAAUACUCAAAAAACUGCUGAAAUUAGAAGUA